AUGUCAGAUCCUGGACUUGGUAGAACAGACCCAUCCAAAUUCCUUGGUGAACUAAUAGGCUCUCCGGUGAGAGUUAAGUUAUACAGCGGAGUUGAAUAUCGUGGCGAUUUGCAAACAAUUGACGGUUACAUGAAUGUUGUGUUGGAAAAUGGCAAGGAGUUUAUACAUGGAAACGUGACGAGAGACUAUGGAGAUAUAUUUCUUAGAGGCAACACUGUCAUGUCAUUUGUUAUUAGGAGACAAUUGUCGUCAUUGAUUCCACCAAAGAUUGCUUCUGCUAAGAACCUUGGCUCAGCUCCAAAUGCCAAAAGAAUGCAAGAAGUUGUUUCUUUCUACAAGAAGUUACCUCAAGGUCCUGCGCCAGCAGCCAAGAAGCCAACCAACCCAUUAGCAAGAUACAGAGCUGCUUACUUUGAUGGUGAUAAUGCUUCAGGUAAACCAUUGCUUCACUUGGCCCUUGUUGUACUUAUUUUUGGAUACUCCUUGGAAUAUCAACAUUUGAAAGCUCACCACUAA